UUACAGAAGUACAUUUACAGCAAAGUCUAGCAAGAAGUUAAUUGUAUGUUUUGAAUUUUUUCUAUUUUAACCUUCUCGAAAUGGCUGAUGAGGACGUUGCUGCUUUGGUUGUGGACAAUGGCUCUGGUAUGUGCAAAGCUGGGUUUGCUGGAGACGAUGCUCCCCGAGCUGUUUUCCCUUCCAUCGUUGGUCGCCCAAGACAUCAAGGUGUGAUGGUCGGUAUGGGACAGAAAGACUCGUACGUCGGCGAUGAAGCCCAGAGCAAAAGAGGUAUUCUUACCUUGAAAUACCCCAUUGAACACGGAAUUGUGACCAACUGGGACGAUAUGGAAAAGAUCUGGCAUCACACCUUUUACAACGAACUCAGGGUUGCGCCCGAGGAACACCCAGUGUUGUUGACUGAGGCCCCAUUGAACCCAAAAGCCAACAGAGAAAAGAUGACUCAGAUUAUGUUUGAGACUUUCAACUCACCAGCCAUGUACGUUGCCAUCCAAGCUGUACUUUCGCUGUACGCUUCCGGUCGUACAACUGGCAUCGUUUUUGACAGCGGCGAUGGUGUUAGCCACACUGUACCAAUCUAUGAAGGAUAUGCUCUUCCCCAUGCGAUCCUUCGUCUCGACUUGGCCGGCAGGGACUUUACCGACUACUUGAUGAAGAUCCUGACGGAGCGUGGUUACUCUUUCACCACAACCGCCGAGCGUGAAAUCGUGCGUGACAUCAAGGAAAAGCUCAACUAUGUCGCCCUUGACUUCGAACAAGAAAUGCAGACCGCUGCCUCAAGCUCUAGCUUGGAGAAGAGCUAUGAACUCCCUGAUGGACAGGUUAUCACCAUCGGAAACGAGAGAUUCCGUGCUCCAGAGGCUAUGUUCCAGCCAUCAUUCCUUGGAAUGGAAUCUGCUGGUAUCCACGAGACCACUUACAACUCCAUCAUGAAGUGUGAUGUUGACAUCCGUAAGGACUUGUACGCCAACACUGUGCUGUCUGGUGGCUCCACCAUGUUCCCAGGAAUUGCUGACAGGAUGCAGAAAGAAAUCACUGCCCUGGCUCCACCCACAAUGAAGAUUAAGAUCAUUGCUCCUCCGGAGCGUAAGUACUCUGUAUGGAUCGGAGGAUCCAUCUUGGCCUCUGUGUCCACCUUCCAACAGAUGUGGAUCUCGAAACAGGAAUAUGAUGAAUCUGGCCCAUCCAUCGUUCACCGCAAAUGCUUCUAAGCUAACCGAUGGCUUCAGAAGAACUGAUUUUGUGGAAACAAUUUGAGGAUAACGCUCUCAACUGACUUUGCGCCCACUCCAAAAAGACUUGAAAAGAUUAUUUUCAAGAAAACGUUUGACUAUUGUGAUAUGAAUCGUUGAUAGUUUUAUAAAAGAUGUGAAAAUAAACGUUGAAAAUUAGCAGCAAUACGACUUCAUUACUCUCUGUAGAGUUGAUUUUUUUCUUCCCAUCGAGUUUGAAGCUAAAUUAAGAAUAAAGGUUGAAAAUAGGCAGCCAAUACGACUUCAUCAUUGCCUGUUAAGUUGAAUUUUUUUUUCCAUCGAGUUGGAAGCAAAAUUAAAAUUUUUGGAGAAAUUC